AUGGUUAGAAGAAGGAUCGGUGCCCGUAUAGGAGAUAAAUAUGAGAUCAAAGAAGUGAUCACCAACCGCGACCACGAAGUGAGCGUCUACGUCGCAACAGACAUCGAAACGCAGGAAGAGGUCGCUCUCAAGCUCAGCUACGCGGUCGACAGAAUCGAACUCGAAGCCGCCUUUUACGAAGAUUCGAUUCAAGACCUGGAAGGAUUCCCGAGAAAGAAGUGGUUCUGGAAGGCGGAACAUUCUGGCUAUGGUGCUCUUGCUCUCGACCGCUUGGGCCCCACUCUGGACGACCUCAUGAAAGAAUCCAAAUUCGGCCUCAAGACGACGCUUCAAGUGAUGGAUCAAGUCAUCACCCUUAUCCAAACUCUGCACGAACGACACAUUAUCCACCGGGGCAUCAAACCUGACAACUUUUGCAUCGGGCCUCGAGGCAGCAAGACAGAAAGCAAAGUCUAUAUGAUCGACUUUGAUAUGUCGAAAGUAUAUGUCACCUCGGAUGGUUCUCACAUAGAAGACGAGGAUAAGUGUGGCGGGAACAAGUACUGGACCUCGCUAGCUGUAGAUGAGGGAUAUGAAGGUGUCAGGCGGGAUGAUCUGGAGUCUGCUGGUUAUCUGGCUGUCUACCUCCUUCAGGGCCACCUGCCCUGGUUCACUGAAUACAAUAACUCUGGUGUAUCUGCAAGGCGUUGCAAAACGACCCUCAUAGAGCUCUGCAUGGACCUUCCCAAGGAGCUGAGCACAUAUUUCACCUACUGCCGAUCACUUGGCUUCAAACAACAGCCCGAUUACGACUAUUGCCGAGGAUUGUUCCGGAAAGUGUUUGAGAGAGAGGGCUUCAGAGAUGAUGGAGUAUAUGAUUGGGUCGCUCCAGAGUCUGUCGUCGAAGAGAUUGAGAGCUUGGAGGAGCAGAAAUCCUCUGGUGAUUCUCAGACCAGCGAUCAGUCUGAAGAAGAAUGUUCCUCUGUGCCGCCAUCAUGCGAUGACAAUACUGUUGAACAGGCUCUUGAUAGCCAGCUCAAGACGACCGAGGCAUGUCCUGUUGAGCACCGGAAAAAGCAGUUGCGCCAGAUCUUGAAAAUUAGAAGAUAG